AUGCUGUUGCAAAGGGAGUGGAAUGGAACUUGUGGCCCCUUGACAACUCUAAAAAGGUCCAAAUUUAACCAUCAUACUGUAAAAAAGAGAUCUUUAUUUAUGAUGCAUAAGAAACUUUCUAUGGUUAGGUUUCGGUAUAGAAUUAUAAAAUCCCCAGGACUUCGAGCAAGAGGCAAAACCUGCAAAUUGAGGAAAAUCAAGCCAAGGCGGGUGGAGAAAGCUACAAGGGACCAGCAAGAGACGCUCCAGCGGGAUUUUGAAAGUGGAUUUUGUAAUUGGCUUUCAUACUGGAAAUCUAAAAGUAAGCGUCUUUGGAACCGGUACAGCUUACCAGAUAUGAACAAUAAUACACCCAGAUCUUUAGGUGAGGAGAAUGAGACCUGUCGUACGCAGGAUGCGUUACCCUGUGCUGAGCCGCGUUCUGAGGAGUCGGGAUCAGGACAGGAAGGCAGCACAGAUGCUGUCCCACCAGAACUGCAUGCAAGAGCUUCUCCGGAGGCACAGACCUUGCUCCAGGUGGAGACCAACGGGCCUCUGGCAGAGGAUCAUUGCUCUGACGUAUUCAUCUCCACGAUAGGAAAAGAAAUUGCUGUGUCAGGUCAAGAUGAUGCAGAAACUGAUGAGGUUAUGGGUGUAGGUGGGAUGAUACUGUUGCAAUCCUCCUUGCAGGAUUCUGUUGGCAAUGAAAACUUUGCAAAUGGACCUUUAUCCAUGGAGCUGGCACAAAAUGAGGACAGCUCUAGCCAAAUGGAAGUAGAGGGCUCCUUGAACCUAGACAGUUUUAGUGCAAAGUUACUAGAUCACCCUUACUGUAAAAGUCCUCUUGAGGAGCCUUCGCCUGAAAGCACAGGACUAAAAUCAGGAGCUCAAAAGGGAAGCAAAAGGAACAGUCAAAAAGCUUCCCGGGUGGCUGAUGAGCAGUUGGCAACGUGGCUUUGUGGAUUCCUAGAUGAAGUUAUGAAGAAAUAUGGCAGUUUAGUUCCACUCUGUGAAAAAGAUGUCAUGGGAAGAUUAAAAGAAGUCUUUAAUGAAGAUUUCUCCCAUAGAAAACCUUUUAUCACCAGGGAAAUCAUGAAGUAUCGGGAAAAGCAUCCAAAAACCUCCCCUUGCCAUUUCCGGGUCUUCUAUAAUAAGCACAUGCUAGAUAUGGAUGAUUUGGCUACACUGGAAGGCCAGAACUGGCUGAACGACCAGAUAAUUAACAUGUAUGGUGAACUCAUAAUGGAUGCAGUCCCUGAAAAGGUUCAUUUCUUUAACAGCUUUUUUCAUAGACAGCUCGUAACCAAAGGAUAUAAUGGGGUAAAGCGAUGGACUAAAAAGGUGGACUUGUUCAAAAAGACUCUCUUGUUAAUUCCUAUUCAUCUGGAAGUCCACUGGUCCCUCAUUACUGUGAACAUCCCCAGUCGAAUUAUUUCAUUUUAUGAUUCCCAAGGCAUUCAUUUUAAGUUCUGUGUAGAGAACAUUCGAAAGUAUUUGCUGACUGAAGCAAAAGAGAAGAAUCGCCCCGAGUUUCUUCAGGGCUGGCAGACUGCUGUGACAAAGUGCAUUCCACAACAGAAAAAUGACAGUGACUGUGGGGUUUUUGUGCUCCAGUACUGCAAGUGCCUCGCCUUAGACCAGCCUUUUCAGUUCUCCCAGGAAGAUAUGCCCCGAGUGAGAAAAAGGAUUUACAAGGAGCUGUGUGAAUGCCAGCUAAUAGACUAAUAAAAUGCAGCCAACCUAAUUUCUCUGGCAUUUCUGACAAGUUGCAGCUGGUGUUUGUGUACUUGAAUUUCUGAAAACUUCCAUGAAUUUUGAGCGAUUCUCAGCUGAGUGGUGUGGCCACUGUCGUUACCUCAAUUUUUUGACAAGCUCUUUAACUGGCAGAAUGUAACAGAGCUGCCAUAAAAUAUUCCUAAUGUCAGUUUGGUUCUCUUAUGUUCUUUCCUGUAUUUAAUAUUUAUUAUCUCAGCAUGCAUAUAGGCAAAGAAUGCAACUAAAAGCAUAAAAUUGUAGAUUUGGUGCACCUUUGAGAUGUAGCUAGAAAUGACAAAUACAGGUGAAUUUGUCUGGAAACAUAAAGAUGCAUGAUAUGUUUUCUGAUGCAAUAAUGCUUUGAAUGUAUCAAAAAAAAUUCAAUGCCAUAAAAAGAAGAGCUAGAACCUGUUUGAUAGUUCCAUUGUCCCUGUUGUGGCUGUAUAAUACUGAAUUACAACUUUUUAGGGUGGCUAAAUUCAUUGACAGAUUUAAUUUCUGAAGGACCCUUUUUUAAAUAGUUCAAGUUGCUAAUAAAGUUUGUUCUUUUAACAUUUAUCCAGCUGUCAUUAUCAGCCUGUCCCUAUAGAUAAAAAGCAACCUUUGCACAAAUAAAGCUUCACCGCUUGUCUGGACAAUAAAAAGUACAAAGGUGUUCAGUCAGAUUGAUGGUAUAUUCCUAUAUGCUGCAGAAGUCUCCAUGAUGUGUGUGUUAAGGAGAAUUACAAAGCUGGCCCUGAAGAGUCACAGCUCAGAUACCAAGAUAAGCUCCUUGGCUGUAACUGUUUAAAUCUCAGAUGGCUUUGACUCGUUUUUCAGUUACACUCUAUGCAGUGAAAUGUACCAUUUCAGCAUCUCCCUUCAGCUCUGUCUUCAGCUGAAUUUCCUUCAAGCUUGUUGUGUUUAACCUCCCAUUGGCUUUUGCCUUUGUUCAAAUAUAAAUUAAUUCAUCUCUGCUGCA